GAGGCAUGGGGGCUAGUACACUUCCUCGCAACACAAUGCGAUUCGCAGCAUGGGCUCGGUACUAUGUCGCCUGCAACAUACGAUACCGCAUGGGUGGCGAUGACGGAGAAGAAAGGUGAAGAUGGGAGGAUUCGGACUCUGUUUCCAGAAGCCUACGACUACCUCAAGGCAACACAAUCUGAGGAUGGAUCCUGGGCAGCAGAAACGUCGGAUGCGGAUGGUAUCAUCAAUACCUUGGCAGCUCUUCUGGCCUUGAAACGACAGGAGCGGCAAUAUGAAGCUGCUCGAGCGGACAAUGAAAGACGAUGUCGAGCAGCCGAAGACUCUCUUCGUCGCCUGUUGGGGAAAUGGGAUCUCGAUGCCACAGACAGGGUUGGUUUGGAAGUUCUAGUCCCAAAUUUGCUUCGAUUAUUAGAAAUUGAGGGAGUCCAAUUCGAUUUCCCAUCCAGGAAGCCAUUGAUGGCGUUGAACGCAGCGAAACUGGCUACGUUGGGCCCGAUCCUCACGAGCCCAGUACAGACGACUCUUAUCCACACACUGGAAGCUUUCGUUGGUACUUUAGAUUUCGACAAAGUCAAGCAGCACAAGAUGCCGAAUGGGUCCAUGUUGGCUUCACCUUCCUCUACUGCGGCGUAUUUGAUGAAUUCAACUACGUGGGACAAUGAUGCUGAAGCGUAUCUUCGCACAGUCUUCGAGCAACAAACGGUAAUUGGCAACAAAGGAGGUUUUCCCUCGGCGUUUCCAAGCCCUAUUUUCGAAAUCUCCUGGGUAAUUGACACCCUCCUGGAAUCUGGUUUUGAUAAGGAGGAUUUCUUGCGGGAGGAUAUCCGAAAAUUGACAGUGUUUCUCGAGACAAACUUAAAGUCGCAGAAGGGUAUCGUCGGAUUCGCGCCCUCAUCCUUGCCUGACGCCGACGAUACCGCCAAGACGAUAUCCGCUCUGAGGUUAUUGGGCUGGGAUCACAGCGUAGAUCCAAUGCUCAAAGCAUUCGAAGCAGAUUCGUCUUUUAUCACGUAUCGGGGUGAGCGUAAUGCUAGCAGUAGUGCGAACUGUAAUAUUCUUUCAUGUCUCCUCCGAACUCCCGAGCCAGCCAGAUAUACAAAGCAGAUCGUUAAAUGCGUAACGUUUCUGAGCAAGACCUGGAUGGAGAAUAACGGACCGGAUAAAUGGCAUACGUCAGUACAAUACCCAAUGAUGCUGGUUGCUCAAGCUUUCGUGCUAUUUUUGAAACGGUGGGGGAAAAAGGAGCUCGACAUGGACGCAAUCCCUCUGCAAGUGAUUUACCAAGACAUCCCUCGGACGUUGCUUGAUAUCCUCGGACGAACAAUGAGGCUGCAGCUAGCUGAUGGCUCGUGGGAAUCGAAGAGAGAAGUAACCGCUUAUGCUAUCUUGACACUCGCCCCCCUAUUGAGUUUACCUUGGGUGGACUUCUUGAAACCGGAGGGCAUCGCUUGCAUGUACCGUGGGAAAGCGUACCUCGAGGACCACCGUAAUCACUGGAGAAACGCCGAGGUACUUUGGAUUGAGAAGACAGCAUACUCGUCCAGUAGCCUGUCCCAAGCAUACUGUUUAGCUGCAUCGAAGAUUAUAGUGCCAACAGCGUUCAUCUCGCAAAAGGUUGUGGACCUAUUCCCGGCUCAAUUGAAUAAGAAGAUGUGCAAAAUGUCCGGAUUCUUUUCCACAGUCUUCCCAUUUUCCCAAGCGCCGAAGUGGAAACUACAACUUUCGCUGUUGCAGAGCGCACAAUUUGCCGUCGCGCUUAAGCAGGCUCGAUACAAGAUUUUCCCACCGAUAGAGAAAGCCAGCGAUGAGAAAUAUCAAGAGUACAUCCCCUUCACAUGGAUUGGUUGUAGAGAUUUCCUAUCUACGUCCAUACCAGCAGAGACGCUAUGGGAAAUGAUGGUAGUAUCCAUGUUCAACUUUCAGGUUGAUGCGUAUAUGGAAACCGUCGUGUGGGAUCAGUAUCGAGAAAGGCUGCCAGCCUUAAAGGCCUUCAUCCGUGCACUAUGUUCUGGAGCCCCGACCCAGCAGCGUAGGGAUAGCAAAGGAAAGGGGUUAAGCGGCAUCAGCGAAGAGCAUGAAGCGUCGGCUGAGAUACAGAACGGGGCGAAAGCGGCCAACGGAAAAGGCUUCCAGGAUAGGUAUCAAACAGAGCCGGUGAAGCGUCUUAUACGGGAUUUAGAGGCGGGUGUAGUCAACAACCGGAAGGAGAAGGAUGACAAUGUGGAAGAAGUGCUCACCAAAUUUGUCAACUAUGCUCUGCAGCAUCCCAAAGUCGUGUCAAGCCCACCAGCGCUGCGGGCUUGGCUUGCGCAGGAGAUGCAGACAUUCCUUCUAGCUCACGUCACACAUAUGGAGGAUUGCGCUGAGUUGCCAGAGUCAUCGGAAACUUCGAAUGGGACUUUGAUGUGGGUUAGACCGCGGACGACAUUCUUUGACUGGGUGCGCACGACUUCGGCCGAUCACACGAGCUGUCCGUACUCAUUCGUCUUCUACUUGUGUCUGAUCAGCGAGAGCGGACAGCACAUUAUUUCCAACAUGCACCAGAGAUAUGCGCUUGAAGAUGCCUGCCACCACCUCGCUACGAUGUGCCGACAGUACAACGACUUCGGCUCAGUAGUGCGUGACCAGGAAGAAAAAAACCUAAACAGCGUCAACUUUCCAGAAUUCAACACUUCCAUACCAAAGGGACAGAUCAUGAGCGCCACGGAUCUUACCGAACAGCGGAAGAGGGAUUUGUUGAUUGUUGCUGAGUACGAGCGACGUUGCUUGACAAGGGUUGUGGGAGAGCUAGAAGAGAGCUUGGAUGUGGCCGUGAUGAAGAAGCUGAAGCUUUUCAUCCAGGUGACAGACCUCUAUGGUCAGAUAUACGUGGCUCGCGAUAUCGGGAUUCGUCGGGAA